CCAGUCCCCCCACUGACCAGAUCUCCCGCAGAUGGGGCCAGAGUUGCCUCCUUCCAGAUGGCCGGGCGGGAGGACCUCUGGGCUGCCGGUGGGAGGAUCGCUGGGAAUGGUGCCCUAGGACUCGGCCCUCAACCCCCUGAGAUUCGACCUGCUGAACUCUGACCUCUGGUUCUGCCUUGUGCCUGGCUUUGGUGUGUGUGGGGGGUAGGUUGGGUGGUUCUGGGAGGGAGAGAGAUCAGGAUUUCUUUGGUUUGGGAAGUAGGUGGGGCGAAGGUGCCUCAGGGCCGGGAGGGAUAUGUAUGUCCCUGAUUGUGUGUGAGCGUGAAUCUCUGCCUAUCUGUUGACUGUGCUACUGUGAUACAAUAUUUUGUGUGCAUCUGUAAGUGUGUAAAUCCUUACAGGGCUGUUGUAUGAACAUGUGUCUACUAUGAGUGAACAUCUUGGAGAGGCUGUGCAAAGGUGGAUCUUUCUGUACCUGCGUGUUUGAGUGUGUAUCGGCCUUGUGAGUGUCUGUGCACCCUUGUGGUUCUGUGUAUGUGUGUGGAGUAUGUAACAGCUAGUGUGUGCAUUUGUGCAUCCGUGACUGACCAUGCCUGGGGUCUGUGAAGUUGUAUGAGUGUGUCUGGGCAUAUAAGAGCCCUCACCUGUUUAUCUUUGAUUGUGCAAGUGAGUAGGUUGUAUGUGUGUGCCCCUGGUGUUGGUGAGCAUGUGAGGGUAUACCUGUUAUAGGAGCGUGUACCGGGGUGUCUUCAGGGGGCACAUGGGUUUCUCUGUUGUGUGAAUGUGCAAGGGAAGUCAAGUUGUACAUGUGUGGUUGUGUACAGGUGUGUUAACCUGGAGGGUAUAUGUUCGCCUAUGUUGUGUGUCUGCUAUGUUGUGUGUCCUAAACUUCAUCUCUGGGGAGUGGGGUUGUGUAUGUGCAAACAUGCAUGUGCAAGGUGCCAUGCACACGUGUGCCCGUGUCCCUGGUGCCAAGCUGACCCCGCCUCUGGGCCUGUUGGGAUGGGGGCCCAGGUGGCGUGACCUGUGCUAUGCUGCGUCCAGCCUGGGGUCCGUGGACACAAGUGUGUUCCCAUCCUGGGCCAGGAGCCCGGGGCGGGCGUGUGUGGGAAGUCGGUGUGUCCAUGGAGGUUCAGAUGUAGAGCUGGGGUUGUGGGCCCACGUGGGUCUGGGCAUGUCCACGUAGGUGGGUGUGACGAUAGUGUCAUGGUGAAGAUGGGAACUGCUGGCCUUCCUCCGGUUUCUGGUACUGUCCAGGUUUUUGAAAUUGGGGGGCUAGGGUGUGAACUCUGAAAGGAGGAGGCUGGGAGUCUAGAAUUCUAGAUCUGAAGGAGAAGGGGGUUGGGGGGCCAGAUUCCUGGGUCUUGAAACAGGAAGGGACCAAGACUUCAACUCUUGAGUCUGAGGGAGUUAGGAGGGUGGGGUCCCAGACUCCAGGGUGAGGAAGGCCUGGAGACCUAAAGGGCAAGUCCUGGAGUCUUGGGUUGGGAGGGUGAACAGUCAUGAGGCCCAGUCGCCCCCGUUUCCUGAGAUGACUUCUUGGGUCCUGCUAAGACUAUGGGGAGCCUACAGCAAGAGGACUGAGAGAGUGAUCUCUCCAGAGACUUCCUUGGCUAGGAUGGCCUCUGAGGCAGGUCUCCAGAGAGGAGCCAAAAGGAUACUAACAGGGUCGUUUUGUUCCUUUGCAGGUACUGGCCCAGGCCCUGACUCCCUAAAGAGAGGGCCUAGGAUGAAACUUGGCUCAGAGGAUGUCCCAAGACUAAGAGCGAGACCAAAGUGCUUUUCUCAGUCUCUCCAUCUUCCAGCUCCUGCCACUGCCCAAGAUGAAGAAACCGAGAUUCAGAGAGGUUCAGACACUUGCCCGAGGUCACACAGCUAAUCUCACUGCCCACCGAUCCGCCUCCUCACAGCACCAUGGCUCCCGGCUCCUGCUCCUUCGCGCUCCUCUCGCCACCGCCUGCUGCCCUGCCCUUUCUGCUGCUUCUCUGGGCAGGGGCAUCUCGUGGCCAGCCCUGCCCCGGCCGCUGCAUCUGCCAGAAUGUGGCACCCACGCUGACCAUGUUGUGUGCCAAGACCGGCUUGCUCUUCGUGCCGCCGGCCAUUGACCGGCGCGUGGUGGAGCUGCGGCUCACCGACAACUUCAUCGCGGCGGUCCGCCGCCGAGACUUCGCCAACAUGACCAGCCUGGUGCACCUCACCCUCUCCCGGAACACCAUCGGCCAGGUGGCGGCCGGCGCCUUCGCCGACCUCCGCGCCCUGCGCGCCCUGCACCUCGACAGCAACCGCCUGGCCGAGGUGCGCGGCGACCAGCUGCGCGGCCUGGGCAACCUCCGGCACCUGAUCCUCGGCAACAACCAGAUCCGCCGCGUGGAGCCGGCCGCCUUCGACGCCUUCCUGUCCACCGUGGAGGACCUGGAUCUGUCCUACAACAACCUGGAGGCCCUGCCGUGGGAGGCCGUGGGCCAGAUGGUGAACCUGAACACCCUCACGCUGGAUCACAACCUUAUAGACCACAUCGCCGAAGGCACCUUCGUGCAACUUCACAAACUGGUCCGCCUGGACAUGACCUCCAACCGCCUCCAUAAACUGCCCCCCGAUGGGCUUUUUCUGAGGUCCCAAGGCCCCGGGCCCAAGCCGCCCACGCCGCUCACGGUCAGCUUCGGCGGGAACCCUCUGCACUGCAACUGCGAGCUGCUCUGGCUGCGGCGGCUGACCAGGGAGGACGACCUGGAGACGUGCGCCACCCCCGAGCACCUCACCGACCGCUACUUCUGGUCCAUCCCCGAGGAGGAGUUCCUGUGCGAACCCCCGCUCAUCACGCGGCAGGCGGGCGGCCGGGCCUUGGUGGUGGAGGGCCAGGCCGUCAGCCUGCGGUGCCGCGCGGUGGGUGACCCCGAGCCGGUGGUGCACUGGGUGGCCCCGGACGGGCGGUUGCUGGGGAACUCCAGCCGGACCCGGGUCCGGGGGGAUGGGACGCUGGAUGUGACCAUCACCACCUUGCGGGACAGCGGCACCUUCACCUGCAUCGCCUCCAACGCCGCGGGGGAAGCCACGGCCCCGGUGGAAGUGUGCGUGGUGCCUUUGCCGCUCAUGGCGCCCCCGCCGGCCGCCCCGCCGCCCCUGACCGAGCCCGGCUCCUCCGACAUCGCCACGCCCGGCCGACCUGGUGCCAAUGAAUCGGCUGCCGAGCGCCGGCUUGUGGCAGCCGAGCUCACGUCGAACUCCGUGCUCAUCCGCUGGCCGGCGCAGAGGCCCGUGCCGGGCAUCCGCAUGUACCAGGUCCAGUACAACAGCUCCGCCGACGACUCCCUCGUCUACAGGAUGAUCCCAUCCACCAGCCAGACCUUCCUGGUGAAUGACCUGGCGGCGGGCCGCGCCUACGACCUGUGUGUCCUGGCCGUCUACGACGACGGGGCGACCGCGCUGCCGGCCACGCGAGUGGUGGGCUGCGUGCAGUUUACCACCGCGGGGGAUCCGGCGCCCUGCCGGCCUCUGAGGGCCCACUUCUUGGGCGGCACCAUGAUCAUCGCCAUCGGGGGCGUCAUAGUCGCCUCGGUCCUCGUCUUCAUCGUGCUGCUCAUGAUCCGCUACAAGGUCUACGGCGACGGGGACUCCCGGCGCGUCAAGGGCGCCUCCCGCUCCCCGCCGCGGGUCAGCCACGUGUGCUCGCAGACGAACGGGGGUGCGGGCGCCCCGCAGGCCCCCGCGCAGGACCGCUACGAGGCGCUGCGCGAGGUGUCGCCGGCCGCCGCGGUGGCCGUCGAGGCGAAGGCCACAGCGGCCGAAAUGGCCUCCGUGGAGCCAGAGGCGGCCCUGGGACGCUCCCUGGGCGGCUCGGUCACCUCGCUGUGCCUGCUGCCGUCGGAGGAGGCCUCGGGGGAGGAGUCCCGGGCGGCGGCCGCCGGCCCUCGGAGGAGCCGUUCCGGGGCGCUGGGGCCGCCAGCGUCGGCGCCCCCAACUCUAGCCCUGGUUCCUGGGGGGGCCUCGGCCCGGCCGAGGCCGCAGCAGCGCUACUCGUUCGACGGGGACUACGGGGCGCUCUUCCAGAGCCACAGUUACCCGCGCCGCGCCCGCCGGACAAAGCGCCACCGGUCCACGCCGCACCUGGACGGGGCCGGAGGGGGCGCGGCCGGGGAGGACGGAGACCUGGGGCUGGGCUCCGCCAGGGCGCGCCUGGCCUUCACCAGCACCGAGUGGAUGCUGGAGAGCACCGUGUGAGCGGGGGCGGCGCCGGGGCGCCUGGGCCGAGGACCAAAGCCCGGCCGCCCGGACCCGGGGCAGGACUCGAGGAGAAAACGCCU